GGGCCAAUGAAGCAUAUAUCCGGAAUUUGGCUGGGCCGGGUGACCAACCGGUUUUGUUAUAUUUAUUUAGAUACUCGCUGAUCGCGUUUUCAGAGUUCAUUUUCUAUCCCUUCCCUUGUUUUUCACAGUCCUCUCGUCUUGCUUUUGCUUGCUGGUGAAUCUCCAGACAUGCUGUCACAGACGCCUUUUGUCAUGAGGCCGGUCAGGCCAAGGCCGCCUUUUGCUGAAACACUGAGCCUGGUCACGGAAACGCCACCUUAUGAAAGGUUCAUGAGCCCGACCAUGGGAACGAUACAGAUUGCUGUCUUGGCUGCAUUUCAUAAAUCUCAUAAGCCUUUAGCGGCUGAGCCUUUAGCUUUAAAAGAGUUGGAGGCUGCUAUUUUGGCUGCCAUUCAAAAAGGUCGAGACGAGGCUUUAGCUUUACAGAAGAAGGAAAAGUUGGAAGCUGAUAUGGCUGAGGCUUCCAUUCAGAAGGGUCGAGACGAGGCUUUAGCUUUACAGAAGAAGGAAGAGUCGGAAGCUGAUAGGGCUUUGCCUACUGAUAUGGUCCGAGGAGCUGAUGAAAGAAGAAAGAAAAAGAAUGGGAUGAGGAAAAGAAAGAGAAAGAAGUGGAUGAUGUAUCAUGAAAGAAGAGGGAAAAAGAAUGUGAUGAACGGGGUAAAGAGAAAGGAGCGCAGCCCAGGAGCUGAUGAAAGAAGAGGGAAAAAGAAUGCAAUGAACGGGAGAAAGAGAAAGAAGCGCAGCCCAGAAGCUGAUGAAAGAAGAGGGAGAAAGAAUGUGAUGGCCGAGAGAAAGAGAAAGAAGCUCAGUGACUGAUGUUGGAGCAGGGCAAAUUGUGCAGAUAUAAUGGAUUAUUUCUUGAAAAGAUGCUUUUACCAUUCUGGUUUGUACAACUCUGAGGAAGACUUUCUAGAUUUGGAUUCCAAGUUAAAAGAGAAAGAGGGUGGAAGACUUUCAAACAGGUUGUUUUAUUUGUCAAUACCUCCAAACAUAUUUGUGGAUGUGGUGAGAUGUGCUAGCCUCAAAGCUUCUUCAAAAAAUGGCUGGACAAGGGUAAUUGUCGAAAAGCCGUUUGGUCGUGAUUCUGAAUCCUCUAGUGAGCUAACAAGAAGGUUGAAGCAAUACCUCACUGAAGACCAAAUAUUCAGAUUUGACCAUUACUUGGGUAAGGAGCUUGUGGAGAAUCUCUCCGUGCUUCGUUUUUCAAAUCUUGUUUUUGAGCCUCUAUGGUCCCGGAAUUACAUUCGUAAUGUGCAGCUAAUAUUUUCUGAAGAUUUUGGAACAGAAGCAAGAGGAGGUUAUUUUGAUAACUACGGAAUCAUUCGUGAUAUAAUGCAAAAUCACCUUGUACAAAUACUAGCAUUGUUUGCAAUAGAGCCACCUGUCAGCUUGGAUGCCGAGGACAUCAGAAAUGAGAAGGUGAAGGUUCUGAGAUCAAUGAGACCAAUACAGCUUGAAGAUGUUGUAGUUGGUCAAUAUAAGGGCCACAGUAAGGGUGGUAGAUCAUAUCCUGCUUAUAUAGACGACUCAACUGUUCCAAUGGGUAGUCUUACUCCAACAUUUGCUGCAGCAGCUCUGUUUAUUGGCAAUGCCAGAUGGGACGGAGUUCCUUUUCUCAUGAAAGCUGGCAAGGCCCUUCAUACUAAACGUGCAGAAAUCAGAGUACAACAUGUCCCAGGUAACUUGUACAAACGGAACUUUGGAACUGAUUUGGACAAAGCUACAAAUGAGGUUGUGCUUCGUGUACAACCUGAUGAAGCUAUAUAUUUGAAGAUCAAUAACAAAGUUCCUGGUCUGGGAAUGAGAUUAGACAGAAGUGACCUCAAUUUGCUUUACAGAUCAAGGUAUGCAAGAGAAAUACCAGAUGCAUAUGAGAGGUUACUCUUAGAUGCUAUUGAAGGCGAACGAAGACUGUUUAUCAGAAGUGAUGAACUUGAUGCAGCUUGGGCACUAUUCACUCCAUUGCUAAAAGAAAUUGAAAACAAGAAGAUUGCUCCAGAGCUUUAUCCUUAUGGUAGCAGAGGACCGGUUGGAGCAUACUACCUUGCUGCAAAGCACAAUGUAAGAUGGGGAGAUCUUGGUGGCGCUGACUGAUAAAUAAUUGAGCCGGCUUAUGAUUAUAAGCAUAUACAUUAUCAAUUUCGUAUUUAGUCUUAUAGGAUAGUUUUGUGUUUCUCUCUAUUCAUUGUAAGAAGAAAAUUUCGUGUAGAAUAAUAGCAUACAUUAUUAUGUUCUAUGUCUUGCACUUGUUGUGCUUUGAGUUUGAGGGCAUCUAGUUGAUUUAGAAUUUUGACAAAAUCAUCUAUACCUAUAUUUAAAGAGGAUGCCAACUUUUUGUAUAUCAAUUUUUCUUCUAA